AUGAGGGGUGCUCAUGCUGACUGCUACCGGCUUCUGGAAAUUGGGCCGGUGGGCACAGUGAGACGGCCACUUCGAGCCAUCGGCUUCCGGGGCCAUCUGAGGCAGCCAGGCGACGGGAACAGCAAGGUGUCGCGGGCUGGCCUCGGGCCUGCUCGGGGGCAGGAGUCUGCUGGGAGCCUGCAGGGCCGGCCGCGCACACCAGGGAAAGCCUCCUCCCCGCUGGGUGGACGCCGAGCUGCCCCCCGCGCCGCCGCCCCGCGCGCGCCUGACCCCGUCUCGUUUCAGCUCUGGAUCGGCCGCGUCGCCGCCGCCUCCCAGGAGCACGGCCUGAAGUACCCCGCGCUCGUGGGCAGUCUCGUCAAGUGCCAGGUGGAGCUGAACAGGAAGGUGCUCGCAGACCUGGCCAUCUACGAACCGAAGACCUUCAAAUCUCUGGCUGCUCUGGCCAAGAGGCGGCGAGAGGAGGGGUUUGCGGCUGCCCUGGGGGACGGGCAGGAGCCCGCAGGCGUGUUCUCCAGGGUGGUGCAGUACCGCUGAGCCCCCACCUGUGGGCUCAGCCCCCAGCAGCCCAGGCCUUGACCCCCAGGCCGGGGGGCGCUACAUGCCGGCGCUGGCCUCCUCCACCUGCGCGGACCCUACAAAUAAAGCUGGUGUACAGACUGCAGCCGG